GAAAAACCCACUUAUUUUCACUUUGGUAUGAAUGAAAAUGGUGUUGAAAUUAUGUGGUUGUUUCACAAUUGUAGACGUACUGAGAAGUUGAAAGGAGAGUAGCUUUUCGUCGAUCACUGCAACUAUCAUACAUUAACUUUCUGUUAAUAAUUACUGCAUGACUAAAUCGCCCAACCACGAACAGCUGGUUGCUUUUGAUUAUCAGAAUUUGAGUGAUUGUUUUUCUGUCUGGCUGACUUUCAUCAAGUAAUCUCUCCUGUAUGAUUGACCUAAAAGAGAUAGCUCCAAAGAAAUUAAAAGUGCUGUGUCGUAACACGUUACUUACCAGACGUGCCAAAAAAAUCAGCAGUGUUAUAUGUGUAUUGAUGCUUUCACUGGUUUUCAAAACACUCAAUUUGGUCUGUAUUCCUUACUCACCUCUCCUUUUGGCACGACACGGAUAAAUAUAUGGUGUGUUAGUGAGACUCGCCGUUUAUCUCCAGUGAGCAGAGUCACUCACCUUGCGUAUACUUAGCGUUAAUUCGAUAGACAAAUACUCAGUAACCAAUUCCCCACCUCUAUCUCUCUGCCUAACUAAACUGGAUUUUUGGCCUUUCGUCCUAUCCUAAUGUAUAAGUACAUGCUCUGCUUUCCGAGUAAGACGUAGGACUUAAGCAACACAUCUGUUUCGCCCUGUUCUCUGCUGCCUUUUCUAGUUGGCUCUACGACUCCUCGCAAGCUUUCAUUUCCUCCUCCCAUGAUCUCCAUGUCACCCUCAGAUACUCAACCCAUCCGAGUACCUGACGUGUGAUGUUAUUUGAAGAUAUCAGUAUUGAUGUUUUUGUUAAACUACUUAGUUUACUAAGAAAUGUCAGCCUACGUUUGGCUAAAUUCCUGUGUUCAGAUAUUCUGGCUCACUCCAUUCAACCAAUUAUUGGAUGCCAGCAUCUGUUUACUGUGAGGCCUUUAUUGACAUGGAUUACAAAUCAAAGUCUUGGGUCAGUUGCUUAAAUAUUUCACCAUUAUCUAACCCAACAGAUAUGACAUGAAAGGAGGUAAACUAUGAGUAUAAGAGUUUCAGAGGAUAAUUUUGAAUGCAAACAUAACAAUGACUAUUUCUUAGAUAACUUACGGUGAAUUUCAAAUACUUUUAUCACACUGAAGUCGUAUUAUCUCUUGCUUAAAAUACAUAUGUGUGUAAAUACGCCCCAUAAACGACCUGGUACAGCCCAGGAUGGAUGUGGACUUCGGUCUUCCUCACGAAAUGGUGUCAUAUGGCCAUGCGGCCAUAGCCUCUGCCAAGUAACUCCUGUUCACUGCCUUCACGCGGUGAGGGUGUUCACAAAAGUUGAAGUAAAAAUGCUAACGUCUGGCGCUUGCGAUCGGACUGGUGGACAUGCUGGUCUACUUGGUGGGUGGCUGCAAAACCCCGAUUGCAAACCUGUGGCUUGUGUGCGCUCCAGAAUUGGAACAGAUCAAAGAGCGUAUGAAUGUGUUUUAGUCACCGGAAACCAUGGGAACGUAGCUCGUAAUAUCGAUUCAUUGCUUUGUGGUUAAGAAUUCAUAUCAUAGGUUCAGAGGGAGUGAGUGAUCAAGACAGAUACCUGCUUCGGUUUGGAGAUGCGAACAGCGUACCAUGCCUCACAGAUUAUUAGAUUUUGUGUUGUGCCUCACUUGGUGCCCAUAAGGCACAAAGUUUGUAUCCUGAUAACAACAUAUACAUACAUAAGAAUUCCUAUAUUGGUAAAGAUAAGUAAACGGCGUUUCUCUCGUUUUUACUUUUUUAGAAAGAAAAUGGGUGGUAGUAUGACUAAAAUAUUGCCUGGGUUAUACAUUGGAGGCUUUGAUAAUGCUAAAAAUGAAGAGGAACUAAUAGCAAAUUGUAUAUCUCAUAUUCUUGUUGUACAAAAUUCUAUAAGUGAUAUUGAUAGGUCAGUCAGUCGUAAAUAUUUACAUCUAAUUGUGAAUGAGAAAUUGGAGAAUAGUUUGCUGAAACAAAUUCAACUGUCCAAUGAUUUUAUUCAUCGUGCACGACUAGAUAAUGGCAAUAUAUUAGUAUGCAGUGACUCUGGUAUGUCAGCGAAUGUAGCUGUUGUUGCCGCUUAUCUCAUGACUAUCUAUUCAUUAGACUAUUAUUCAGCUGUCAGUGUAUUAAGAGGUCUACGCUUUGGUGCACAUCCAGUUGAACCAUUACAACAACAAUUAUUAGAAUUUGAUAGUGAAAAAAGCGUUAAAAAUAAGAAAGAAGAGGAACAACAACAACAGCAAUCCAAAGAUGGUGAUGAUGUUAAAACACCGCAUCGUUUCAUACCAACAUUGGAGAUAACUUCAGCAUCAGAAAGGCAACGACUCAUUUCUAUCUAUGGUGAUUGGCAGUGUAUUGAGGAAGAUUUAAACAUACUUCAUGAUGCCUUAAAUUCCCAUUUGGACUCAACUGAAGAUUCUGAAUUCCCAUUUAUUGUUAAUUAUCAAACGAAAACAGACAAUGGGAUAGAUGAAGAUGAAUUCCACGACGAGAAUCCAUUGAAGUACAAUGAUCAAACAAUCAGUGGUGACACAAACGGUGACAACGUUGAGAAUAAUGAUAAUAGUAAUAAUAACAGUAGUAAUCUUAUUGCCUCUAUGCCUUCUGAUCAUCCCGCUCCUUCUUCACCUCAUUCUUCUCUAUCUCCCACUGUUGCUGGGGUCGAAUGUAACAAGAAGAAUACCGGUGCAUUUAUAUCUGAAAAUGUUAAAACAUGUGAUUCAUCAUCCCUUAACUAUGAAAAUGAAAAUACUUUGAACGAUGCGAUACUUGCAAAUACACUAACAAAUAAAGCCGAGAUAUUAGAUAGAAUUCAAGAAAAUUUGUUUAAAUCUCAUGAUGAAAUGAAUGAAACUGAUGUAUUCCUUGUAGAUCCUGGACAGAUUGCCUUUAUGGACAGUCAGCCAAAUAAAGAUUGGGAUGUAGCUUCACAGACUAGUUCAUUGGUUGGCAGUGAAAAUUCAAUUGAAAUAGGUCUGGAAGUUAAUGACGAUGGCGAUGAUGCAGAAGAUAAUAUACCUGGUGCUAUUGAAAUUCCAAUCAAUAGUAGUGGUAAUGCAGGUGGUGGUGUUGGUAGUCACCGGGGCUCAUAUCACCUUCGAACAGCUCGAACUUAUAACCAUCAUCAUCACCAACACUACUAUGGAAAGUCAAAUGCUAGUCGAAGUAUGCAUAUCACUGCACAUAGUUUAUAUCCGACUGGGCAUAAUUAUCAUAAUUCUACUCAUAAUAAUAAUAAUAAUAAUCUCAAUAUGAUUACGCAGCAACACCAACAACCACCAGUAUUUUCUAAUACUUCUAUAUUGAAUAAUUCUGUUGAUAGAAGUACUGCUGGAUCAAGACGUUUUUCGUUACAUAAUAGUAAAAAUAA